AUGAGAGGAACCUGCAUAGUGACCCCCAAAGGUCUUAGAACAAUUGGUAUUGGACAUGAAGGACAUUUAGGUGUAGUCAGCAUGAAACAGCGUCUUCACACGAAAGUAUGGUGGCCAAAGCUAGAAAAGGAUGUGGAAAGGUUUGUCAAGACCUGUGAUGCACGUCAGUUAGUAGGCAGACCUGACCCUCCAGAGCCUGUGGCAAGUACAGAACUACCUCAAGGACCCUGGUGUGCUGUGGCAAUUGAUUACCUAGGACCGUUACCCUCAGGUGAACACAUACUUGUAGUUGUUGACCACUAUAGCAGAUAUUACGAGGUGGCUGUUGUAAGGACAAUUACAUCAGAGAAGACCAUAGAGUCUUUAAAAACCAUAUUUGCCAGACAUGGACUGCCUGAAGUGCUUGUAAGUGACCAUGGGCCAAACCUUGUCUCAGAGAAAUUCAAAGCGUUCCUAAAGGAGAAUGGUAUUAAGCAUCGACGUGUAACAACUCGGUGGGUUCAAGCAAAUGGUGAGGUAGAGAGACAAUAG